GAGAGGAAGGCGCUCGGGCGGAAGACGAAGCCACAAAGCAGCCUGCAACUGCUUUGUUUACAGGGUCCCUGGUGGAUUUUGCCUCUUCUGCUAAAGUAGGAUGAAACAAGGAAAGAAACCAGGCAUCCAACUGUCCACACGGUGACUGCCUUAACCUUAAGGACUUAAUUUGUCUUGGAGGAGGAGUCCUCCCACCACCACCAGAGAUGUUUUUGGAUCUGCUUCUGACACGGACAACCCGGGUGUCGAGGAGCUGGAAUCUCUUUGGUACAGGUUUUCUCCUAACAGCCGGCCUCCUGUGCUUAUGUGUUACCCCGACCCGGGCAUUUUUUGGCAACGUCUCCAUUGUGUCAAUCCCCGAGUUCCCAGCUGAGGGCGGGAAUGUCACGCUCUCCGUGCAAGGUGUGGCGGGCUCCAUCCGCGAGAUCAGCUGGUACCGAGGGCUGGCGACGGAUGGGAACACCAGAAUCUUCUCCUACUUUCCUGGAACCACCCGCGUGCAGCGCAACGGUGUCCAAUACACACAGAGGGAAUUCGGCUUCCCCAACGGCUCUCUGCUCAUCAGUGCGGUUCGUCUCAGUGACAUCAGACCCUACACGGUGCUUAUCUUGGUGCGGCCCAAAGGAACCCUCAAGGGCACCUUUGAUCUGGAGUUAGCAAGAUCGGGGACCACCCGUCCAGCUCCAACACUGCCCACCACAGACAUGCCGUCCAUCAAGGAGCCAACAAAAGUCCCGUUGAUGCUGGGUUGGAUUGUGGCUGGAGUCGUGGUGGGGGUUCUGCUAUCCGGGGCCCUGGGUGCCGUCCUGGUCUACCGGUUUGUCCUAUACAAGGCACAAUCUGACACAGGGAUGGCAGGAAAACUGGAUCCAAAGAUGAAAAUGCCCCCCCUGCCCAAACACGCCUCUUCCGGGGACCUGCCCCAAGUUGGACUCAAACUAUAUGGAGUUACUGCGCAGGGCGGAAUCGAUUUACUCCGAGAUCAAGAGGUGAUUCUCCGGCUUGACAAAUGCUUCCUUCUCCCCAACACAUCUGCCCCCCAGGGAAACGACCCAUUCCAACAUCAUGGGAUGCAAGUAAUCAAUCUCCUGUACUUCUGCCCUGCCUUGCCCUCUGCCGAUGGGACCCACAAUCCUUUCUCCGCAAGACCAUGAAUAUCGCAAGGAUGUUUGAUCCACCGACUACGUUCAAAGGGAUUUUAUCUUGAUGGAACUGAAGGGCAGAAAGGCAGUUGCUGUGAGCUGGGCAGUUCGCUCUUGUCUCUUCCCCGAAAAGUGGAGUGUUGUGGUUGAUUCAAAGGGACAGUCCCUCACUCAGGGAUCCUGGGGUGAGGGAGGGAGAGAGGGACAGGUGCCCUGAAAGGCCUUUGGAUGGUUGGUGCUAGGGCCUCUCCAUCUAGAAGUACCCAAGGGCUGUCUCCACGCUACAUAGGACUGGGCCAGUUUAACUGUGGUCUCCUUUCUCACCAGAGAAUUCUGGAACUGUAUUUCUGUGACAGGGCAUGGGGGCUUUGGUUGGGGGGCUAGACUGCUCUCUCUCUCUUGCCGUGUCUCUCACUUUUACUUAGUACCCUCACCAAACUACAAAUCCCAAGAUUCUUUGGGGCAAGCCAGGACAGUGAAGUGGAGCAAACAUUACCGCUUUGCAGUGUAGUUAUACUCAGUUUUGAGUUCACAUUUGGACAUUCACAGUCACAGCAGCUCAGUUCAGAAAUCCGCUAUGGAAUCAUGUGAGUUUGGAUUUUUACGAAUCCGACCGGCGGAUUCCA